UGUCGAUAACCGGACAGUGGCGAGCAUGAACGAAGUCCGACUCGGGGAGCGGCAUCGUCAAACAUGGCGGCCAAGGCGCUUCGGCAGCGCACCAGGCGAGGCAGCAGACAAGAUGCGAACAACGUGAACGUCCCCGCCGAGGCUCGGCCACCGAAAGAGGAGAAAGGCGCCGAUGACAGUAAAGUCACAGAGACUCGGCAAGAGUCAAUAAGUCGAGGAGGGCAGGUGUGGGCUCCGGAAGGUUCAACUGCGUUCAAAUGCCUGCUCUCUGCACGUUUCUGUGCAGCUUUGCUCAGCAACAUCUCAGACUGUGAUGAGACCUUCAACUACUGGGAGCCCAUGCACUACCUGCUGUAUGGCACCGGGAUGCAAACGUGGGAAUAUUCUCCGCUGUACGCCAUCAGGUCGUACGCUUACUUGUGGCUACACGCUCUUCCUGCUUGUUUGCAUGCCCACGUUCUACAGACAAACAAGGUGUUGGUGUUCUACUUUGUACGGUGUGUCUUGGCAUUCUCCUGCUGUGUCUGCGAACUCUAUUUCUACAAGGCAGUUUGUAAGAAGUUUGGUUUGCACGUGGGCCGUCUAAUGUUGGCAUUCCUCGUCCUGAGCACGGGGAUGUUCUGCUCGUCUGCAGCAUUCCUGCCUUCGUCUUUCUGCAUGUACACGACUCUGGUUGCCAUGACAGGCUGGUUUCAGGACUCAACACCAUUGGCCAUCAUGGGUGUGGCUGCCGGUGCCAUUGUUGGAUGGCCGUUCUCUGCUCUGAUUGGGAUUCCGAUUGCCUUCGACCUGCUGGUGUUAAAGAGGGAGUGGAAAAGCUUUAUCACCUGGUCAGCUGUUGCUCUGAUCCUGCUGCUGGUACCUCUCGUGGCCGUGGACUCUUUCUUUUAUGGCAAACUUGUCGUUGCUCCGCUCAACAUUCUACUGUAUAAUGUCUUCACGCCACAUGGACCAGAUCUUUAUGGAACGGAGCCUUGGCAUUUCUACUUUGUAAAUGGGAUCCUGAACUUUAACCUGGUGUUUGCUCUGGCACUGUUUUCUCUGCCCCUCACUGCUCUCAUGGAGACACUGUUACACAAAUUCAAUGUGCAGAACCUGGGCCGUCCAUACUGGCUGACUCUGUCUCCCAUGUAUCUGUGGAUGUUGGUUUUCUUCACCAGACCUCAUAAAGAAGAGCGUUUUCUCUUUCCCAUCUACCCUCUCAUCUGCCUCAGCGGGGCAGUAGCCCUCUCCUCUCUACAGAAAUGCUACCACUUCCUGUUUCAGCGGUACAGGCUGGAGCACUACACGGUCUCUUCCAACUGGCUGGCUCUGAGCGCAGUCGUGGUUUUCACCGUGUUGUCACUGUCUCGCUCUGUCGCCCUCUUCAGAGGCUACCACGCCCCUCUGGACCUGUACCCAGAGUUCCAUCGCAUCGCCAAGGAUCCAACUCUGCACGCAGUCCCUGAAGGCAGGCCUGUGAGUGUGUGCGUGGGCAAAGAGUGGUACCGCUUCCCAAGCAGCUUCCUCCUACCGCACAACUGGCAACUACACUUCAUUCAGUCUGAGUUUAAAGGGCAGCUGCCUCAGCCAUACGACUCUGGUCCUCUGGCCACACAGAUCAUCCCGGCUCAUAUGAACGACCAGAACCUGGAGGAGCCGACCAGAUACGUGGACUUGAGGCAGUGCCACUACCUAGUAGACCUGGACACAGAUGAAGAGACGUUACUCGAGCCACGUUACUCAGCCAGCAAAGAAGAGUGGAACAUCAUCGCCUAUAAGCCUUUCCUUCAAGCAUCAAGGUCAUCUCCUCUCCUCAGAGCAUUCUACAUCCCAUUUAUAUCAGACCAGCACACCACCUACAGGCGCUACGUCAUCUUGAAACCCCGGCGGCAAAAGCAGACUCGUAAGCGGACCCAUGGCUGACCUUUGACCCUGGCCCUGUGUACAAAAUCCUAACAUCAGAAAUCAAUCACUUCCCCCUCAAAUACAUCUGGUUUGUGCGAGUGUGACUGUUGGACAUGUGAGCAUGUGAUUCUAAGUAUUUGUCUCAAGGAUCAGUUGAAGAUGUCGGACCCUUUAAGGACAUUAUGUCUGCUUUUGGAAGUGUGUGUGAAGAGAAAUUGUUUGUAUAUAAGUGUAUGUCAACAUUUUAUCUGUCUAUUGUGUGUGUGUGCUUGUGUAAAUGAAUGUCUUACAAUGGACGCACACUACAAGAUUUCACAUGUAUGUAACCCAAAACAGGCUGUUAGAUACAAAUAUAAAUGUUUUCUUUUCUUACUUGACUUGAAAUUGUGGCCUGAAUGGAAGAAUUCCUCUGAAUAAUUCAUUGAAGAAAUCUUGUAGUGUUUGCUUGUUCGCACUUGAACAGUAUCUCAUUGUGCUCUGUCGGGUGUGAGUGUCGGCGAUGAAUGAAAGCGUGGGUGCGUUAUUAAUUUAACUCGGAAUGUUAAUAAAAAACGAUCAACUAUGAAUACAA